GAUGGAUCUUAUAGACCUAUGACAAAUAUAUAUAUAAAUAUAUAUAUAAAUAUAUAUUAAAAAUUUAGUGACUAUGGUAAGCUUUUGUUCAUUUGUUUCAGACUUUUUUCUCCUGUAAAAAAAUAGUACUGAUUAACUUUUUUAAAAGAAAGAUUUUACUGUAAAUAUGGAUUUUUUUUUUUUUUGGUCUUAUUUCUGUCCCUUUCCCUGGUUUGUUAUCGUAACCUGUAGUGCCAACUCUGCUUCCAGAGGGGUAGUGCAGGAUGAAAUGCUGACCCUGAUGUUGCUUCUCAUUCAUAAAUAAGUAGAAAGUUGUUUCUCCAGUCUUUUGGGAACACAGGACUUAAAAGUCACAUCAUGUGUAGAUAUUACAAGCAGCAUUACCAAGACAUGGCAAAAAGAGUUUGUCUGAAUUGUAAUGUUGCGUUUGUGACCCUAUUCUGGGAUUUUCAGAGGUACAAGGUUAGAAUGCUACAAUGUUACCACUGUGCCUUCCAAUGUUUAUAUCAUCGGAAACAUAACAUAAUCAAAGUGGCUGUGAUUUAACAAAAUGAUUAAAGUGUUACCUACCUGUGUAGCCGAAGUAGUGUGCAGUGAGGCGUUUCUGAAUACAUGGUCAGAUUUUUGGAAAAAAACAAAAACAAAAAAAACACGUAAAGUUCAAAAACCGUCAAAUGAGAAAAUUGCAAGUAGUGUGACAGAGCUGAUUGAUUUUGUUGCUUUCUUGAUUUUUUUUUUCAAAAUGGGUUUACUAAAAUGUAGAUGACUUAACUGCCUCCUCCUUCGUCUGAAAAAUGCCAAUAUUCAAUCAUCAUGCAGCAUUAUAACAAGCCUUAUAAGUCCUAAAGCAUUAAGUUGCACUUUUUUGAGGAGGGGUAGUGCAGUAUUUCUCUGGCCAGUAUGAAUGAAGUUUAUACUUACCAUAUUUGAUAGAAACAUAGAUCAAGCUAUGGCACAGCGACUCAUCAGAUAGCUAGCUUUGACGUCUGGGCACAAUUGAACCAACUUCCAUCGUGAAUCUUUAUAAUGAUUGACUUUGGUGUAUAGUGCAGUAAACAAAUAGUGCUCCUAGUUAAGUAUUUGUCAGCAUCCUUUUGUCUCUAACUCGUUUCUAUUUUUACAGCCACACAAUUCUUGGCAUGUAUUAAGAAAAAAAAAAUCCCUGUUCAAGUAGUUUUUCCACCUAUCAGCACUGAGUAAAUGCCAUAAAUCCAUUGAAAUGGUCUAAAUGUUCCAUCUGUUCUCCUGUUUUGCCAGUUAUAUAGUAAUGAAAUACAUUUGUAAAUUUUAUGCAACAAAUGGCAAACGUAUCAUUAUUUUGAAAUUGUGUAUGUAAAAGUUAUAUUUUUACAUGUAGACUCUUGUUAUUAUGUGUUUUAAUACAUUGUAUCAGUUUUUGUUUUUUUUUAAAAACUGUGUGGUUUAAAAAGAAGUCUCAUUUAAAUGAAAUAGCUACAAGAAUCAGAAUUUUAUGUUCAUUUCUGAAAAUGUAAGAACAAAUAAGAUAGUUACCACGUGGUCAUCUUUUACAAACCCAUAAACAUUUUGAUUAGCUGUGUGUGUGUUGAAAAACUGUAAAUAUGUUCAGUAGCGAUAAAACUAAAAUAAUUUUGAUUUGUUGAUAAGUUCCUAAAAUGUGGAGGUGGAUUAAAACCUUAGGAGAAUAGCAGAAAUCAAACUUCAUGAAAAGUUAUUUUGGGGCUUUCCUGUGAAAUGUAUGAACAAAGAGGCUCAGAGAAGGGCAUGGAAGACAAUAAUGUAUACUCUCUCCUCCUCCCUGAAUAAUGAAAACCAUGUGUAUUUGUUCCUUCCGUAUGUUAAAGAUUUCCUUUUAGUGGUACAUUCUGCACUCAUUUUGUAUAGUCUACCAAGGCGGGUAUCCCUAGGAACAAUAUUAUAUAGGAAGCAGGUAUACUCUGAUCACAUUCAGGAUAAGUGUACAGAAGAAAAUACGGUGUUUACUCUUUAGGGAACUGGAAACACUCCCUGCAUUGAUGUACAUUUUAAGAAUGGCACUUUUGAUACAUGUUAUCAUAAAGGUGCUUAAUAGAGCUGAAUUAAAGUUUUUCAAAUCUGUAAACAAAGCAAAAAAGUAAAUUGUAGUCAUUUGAUUAUUUUUUAAAUUGGUGCUUUAUAUUUUGUUCUCACUCAGAGUAAAAGCUGCAAUUUAUUGUUCACCAGCUUUGAUGUAUUCAUUACUCAGUAAUGCAAUACCUCUAUUGUUGAAUUCCCUUUGGAAAUAAGUGAAAAUUCUAACGGCCACUGAAAGCUGCUCACUAGGUUUUGCUUGGUGGAGAAACAUCAUCUGCACCUAUCCAUAUUAAUUGGGUUGUAUCCCCAUUAAAAAAGAAGAAAAAGGGAAUGUGGCCUUUUUAGUGUGUUUUUUAUUGUUGUUGUUUUGUAAUUAUCAAACCCAGGUAAGAUAUUGGUAUCCUGCACUGGAUUUUCAAAUGAAAUUCAGCGGAAGACAGUUAAGAUUAAAGUACUAUACAAAAAUCUC